CGCAGACCUGAGAGGCGAACCUACCCCUACGGUGUAGCAUCAUGUCCGUUAGAUAGCAAACGAACGCCCUCGAGUUGCCGUUAAUGACAGAUUUUAUGUCUCACUUUAGAUUAUGGCACCGAAAUUCGGUUAACUGUAACGCAGCUUGACCAACCAAAGUCUACGUUCGGUCGACACAACUCUAGGCAUGGGGAUAAACUGAAAGCAACUUCGAUGGUCGAGAACACCACCAGCAUACUACCUCACGCUUUCUCGUCGACUCUCCAAGAAAGUUCCACAUUUAUUCCCGUGAAAAGAAAACGCAGCCGGUUGCUUCUGCUGUAAAUUUACCAACCGAGGCGUGCAGAGCACCAACUUUGCAGACAUACCCAACGUUCGCGAGCUGCAGCGGGUCCUGUGGCUCGAGGAGUCGGUACAUGUUGGGCGAUGGAGAAGCCGCAUGCUGGGAGACUCGGAGCCCUACUGCUGCUAGCCUGGUUAUGGAGUUCACCAGGUGAUAGCCAGCGUGUGGAGAUGCCUCGUAAGGAGCUGGAGGUGGUCCAGGGCCAGACGGUGGUGCUCCAGGCCUGGUACAGCCCCACCACCACCAUCGACCGUAACACUAUCAGCUGGAGCUUCACCGCCAACGACUCCAAACAGAUCAUCUCCUACACGUCGGGUGAGAUCGGCCUGGGCAGUCCCGAGUUCCGGCGGCGCGUGGGCUUCGCCCUGCCCAUGCCCUCGGCCAACCUCUCCAUCUACAUCAACAACACCCAGGAGGCCGACAGCGGACGCUACACCUGCAACGUAUUCAUCCCUGGGGCGCCGGGACUACUUGGCGAACUCAAGCUCAACGUCAAAGUUCCGCCGUCGCCCCCGGUGUGUUCCAUGUCGGGCCGUGCGCUUCUGAAGGGGAACGUGACCCUGAGCUGCAGGUCUGAUGUGGGCAAGCCCGCUCCACAGUACAAGUGGACCCGAGUGGCCCCCGUGUCGGAGGUCUUCUUCUCACCCAUGCAGAAUGAACAGCAGGGCACGCUGAGGCUGAAUAACCUGACCAAGAGCAUGUCUGGCAAGUACGUGUGUCGCUCCAGCAACACCGCAGGGGCAGAAAGCUGCUACAUCAAUCUGGAGGUCUCUACCCCCACCAGUGCAGGUGUCAUCGCAGGGGCGGCGGUGGGCUCUGUCCUGGGAUUGGUGGCCAUCAUCCUCUUCCUCGUCUUCAUCUUCAGGAGGAGGCGGGACACUGAGGAGGAGAUAGCCAAUGAGAUCAAGGAGGACGCCCAGGCUCCCAAGCGCGUGUCAUGGGCCAAAAGCGGCACGGGCUCGGACAUCAUCUCCAAGAACGGCACGCUGUCAUCCAUCGCCACCAGCCCCCCUCCGCACGGCUCUCUCGACCAGCUCCACCAUCACCACCACCACCACCACCUCAACCACCAGCAACAGCAGCCCGGCAGCAACUACAGCUAUACUCCGCCCCGCGACAUGACCCCCGACCCCGCCGCCGUUCCCAUGGCGGCGUACCGCGUGCGGCCUGGUCAGCCCAACCCACUCCACGGCCUACCGGGCUACAACGCCAGCGGCUCGCCCCAGGCACAGCACUCCUCCCGGCGGAACGCCCAGCAGGGGGGGACGCUCACGCGGCGCCCCGCUAGUGCGGGCGGCCAUCGGCACGUCGCUGCUAACGGCCCGGCUAACCAUUCGGGUAGUCACGGUAGCGUGGCAUACCACACGCCCCCAAACCCCUAUCCUCUCAACCCUAAUGGUCCUGUCCACGCGUCAAGUCCACGGCCAACCGGUAGUAGCAGCACGACCCUCUCAUCCAGUCCACAACCGAUCACGGCCAACGGUCCCGUACACACAAACAGCCCUCGGCUACUCAGCGCUAGCACUCAAGUCUACGCUGCUAGCCCCCAUCCAGUCAACGCUAAUGGUCCCGUCCACAGCCCCAGCCCUCGACCAAUCAACGCUAAUGGUCCUGCCCACAGCCCCAGCCCUCGACCAAUCAAUGCUAACGGUCCAGUCCAAACCCCCAGCCCUCGGCCAAUCAAUGCUAACGGUCCCGUCCAAACCCCCAGCCCUAGACCAAUUAAUGCUAACGGUCCCGUCCACAGCCCCAGUCCUAUACCAAUCAGUGCUCCGGGUUCCACCACUGACAUCCCUCUGAGGACUGAUGGGGCUGAGCCACAAGUCCCGCCCCUGACCACGCCUCAGUCCACACCACAGCUCACCCCCCAGCUCCAAUCACAGACCCUCCCCCAAACAGGCAUUUCCAUGGCAACGCUGACCCGCAUGGGGGCGGUCCCUGUCAUGGUGCCGGCCCAGAGCCAGGCCGGUUCUCUGGUGUAGCUACGACUGGAUUGGUCUGUUCUAGACUGAACUAGAGUUGUACGGACUGGACUCUUUUGCAGGCCGAACUAGACUGUGAUUUCGGCACCAAGGGAGCUGGAAAAUCUGGGCCGGAUCUCAUCAUGACUGAUGGGAAUCAGGAGCAAGUUGAUUUGCUUGCGAACCGACCAUGUGCUCUGUGGCAGACCCACAGAAAAGGGACAGGAGAGAGAGAAGUGGGGGAGGAAAGUGUCGAAACUGAGCUGGAUGAACCCUGCUUGAAAACACACACACACACACCACACACACACACACACACACACACACACACACACACACACAUAACACACACACACAUAACACACACACACACACACACACACACACACACACACACACACACACACACACACACACACACACACACACACACACACACAACAGGGCUGAGCUCUGAGAAGUAUGAUCUUCUGUGCUUUGACUUUUUUUUUUUUUUAUAACGACUUAAGAAUCCAAGUCUGUAGCCACUGCAUCUGUACAACGAAUCUACUUGUCUUUGGCAGGAUUAUUUCUACAAAACUGUACAGUUACUAUUUCAUUUCUUUUUUUCUGUUUCAUCAUGUUCAAUAGUGUUAUACUUUAUGACUCUGCUCCAGCCUGGUUCAGCUUUGAAGGGUUUUAUUUUUUUUUACCAGGAGUGUAUUUUGAAGGUUGUGUUUCCAACAAGAGUGUGUAUUAUGAAGGUUGUGGUUCGAUCAGGAGUGUGUUACGAAGGCGGUUGUGUUUCCACUGGAGGACUGGCUGCGUCCUGAACGGGUUUGUUUUGGUUGUUUGUUUGAGGAGCAGGGAUGGAAAUAAGCAUCCGUCCACCUGCCAAUGACAGGUGAAUUUGUUUAAGGUGAAAAUGUUUAAGUUCCACCCAUGUUCAGGAGUGUAUUAACCGGAGAAGUGCAUUAUCCAGAAUGUAACUGCAAACUGUAAAGUGCUGUUGCUGUGCUGAUUAAAAAAUGUCUUGGAAUUAAGAAGAA